AUGAAGAACAAGUGUUUUCAGAAACUGGCGUUGCCGCUGCUCGUAGCUGGCGCCUUGAGCGGGUUCGCUGCAGUAGACGCCAUCAACCCCUGCCUCGACCCUGAAGCUAUUGAACACAAGUGCUGGCUCAACCCGGGGGAACUGCAUCUCAACCUGGCAGGGUGCGCCAUAACGGACAGCGACGCACAGGAUCUCUCGGCAUGCGUGGACAGCGUUUCCCAUGACCCUGUCAACGAGGUCUCGCUCGGAUACAACGAGUUGACACAGCUGCCGGACGGGGUCUUCGCCGACUUGACCGCCUUACGCUUCCUCUACCUCGAGGAGAACUCCCUGACCAGCCUGCCGUCCGGGGCUUUCAGCGGCAUGUCUCUCCUCCAGCGGCUAUACCUUGACAGCAACAACCUCUCCGAGCUCCCUGAGGAGAUUUUCGACGGGCUGUCAUCGCUGCAGGAGUUGGACCUGGGGUCGAAUGCUCUUUCUGCGCUUGACCAUGGCGUUUUCGACGGCCUCGGAGCUCUCCAAAAGCUAUCGCUGGACGACAACUCGCUGGAGGGGAUCGACGGAGGCGUUUUUGAUGACCUGGAAUCGCUUCAACAGCUGCAACUUCAAGAUAACCAGCUGUCCACCUUGCCACAAGGGUUGUUCGUCGUUCUCUCCGCCUUGACUCGCCUGGACUUGAGCGAUAACCCGGACCUGCAGUGCCUCCCCACGCCAGGGCCGAACGUUGGUGCAGACUUCCUGCAUCUUCCGGAAGGUUUCGUCUCCGGCACCUGCGAAUGCCCAGCAACAGGGGACCCUGGGGCAUGUGGCUCCGACUGCGCGGCAGGAGAUGAAGGCUACGUCUGUUCCGGAGGCCUGACCCCGGCACCAACCCCGGCAAUGCCGGUCGAUAAUUCGACAACGCCGGUCGACAACCCGACGACUCCGGUCGAUAACACCACGCCUGUCGACACUCCGACGACGCCGGUCUACACUCCGACUACGCCGCCAGUCGACAACAUCACGCCUGUCGAGAGUCCAGCGCCGGUCGACGGUGCGUCACCCACCGUGCCUUCUGCGGAAAGCUCGCCCGCCCCUAUGACGCCGGCUCCACCUGCCACUGCCACGCCGACGGCGGUUUCUAGAGGUGGCCUCGGUACACCGGCGCCGACUUCAGACCCGGCCACCUGUGACAACGGCAUCACUGUGGGUAAACAAGUCGGCGACGCAUGCUGCAAGGUCGGCUGCGAGAAGUGCGGCGGUGUUGACUGCUCGACAGCAACAGCAGGGUACGGAGCGGGCGAGUGCUGUGUCGACACAAUCAUGGCUGCGGGUGUCGAAUGUGGCGGGGGCGAGGACGCGGCACCCUGCAUCAACUACGAUACACGGGCUCCGACACCGGCCCCGACGACUUUAUACUCCGACGGCGAAGCCUGCAUGGCCCAAGAGACCGCGUGCAAGGACGACGAUGAUUGUGGCCCGUGCAUCGUCAUGACGUCCGUGGACCAACAAGCGGCGCUCACAGAGUGCCAGAAUGACUACGAAUACGACGGCGAUGUCUUCUGCGGCCCGGCUACGGUGCUGAUGUGUUGCCUUGCUGAGUCGUCCUCGCGUUCCGAUUGCCCUGAUAACGACCUGUUCGUGGAGUACGCAUCGUGCCUUGUCGAGGAGAUGAGCGGUGGAACGGACUGUGAAUUAUCUUGUCGCGAGACCGACGAUGCUGUAAAAUCCGCGGUUGACGUUGAGGAAGGUAGCGGCGCGGGGCGCCUGUCAUCGGCGUUUGGCCUAGGUGCAGCCGUCGUCAUGACUGCCCUCUAUGCGAUCACGACCGCCGGCACUUCAAUGUAA